GAAAAAUCCAGGUAAAUAAAUGCAAGAAGUUUUACAGGUACUUUAAUGUGUGCUCAGGAUGAGCUCCUGGGAGAGAGCUCAAUUCUGCAAGGAGAAAGGGGCUAUAAGAGAAACUUAGUAGCAGAGGUGAAUUUGAGCUCAGCUUCCAGGCCCAAGAACAGUUGAAGUCCCUGGAAUGAGUUUUUAUCUAGUUGUGGGAACUGCUAGUACUCCCUUUUAACCAGACUACUGGGCUCAAAAGGAGGAAAUGAUGGGGACUUAGCAGGGGUGCAGAGACUGAACCAGGUGAGAUCAAACCAUGAGGGACCUUAUACAUUAAGCCAAGGAGUUAAAAAGUUUAACUUGAAUGGUAGUGGGAAGCCUCGUGGUUUUCAAGCAAGGGAGUGACAGGUCAGAUUAGAACAGUAUUUCUCAAAGAGUAGACCCUGGUAUAACAUCACCAACAAUAUUCUCUGCCCCAUCCCAGACCUUUCGAAUCAGAAACUCUGGGGCUAGAUCCAGCAAUCUAUGUUUUAAUGCACUUUUCAUUGUGAUAGAUACUAAAGUUUGAGAAUCGCUGACUUAGAGUUUAGAAAGGGCACUAGGGCAAUGUGGCGCAGGUAGUCUGAGUAGGAAGCUGCUACAAUAGUCUAGGGAAGGUGAUGGCAAGCAUUCACUCAUUCAUUCAACAAAUAGUCACUGACCAUCUGCUAUGUGCCAGGCACUGUUCUAGGCAGAGAAAGCAGUGAGCAAACCAGACAAAAAUCCCUACCCUAAUGGAAUGCACAUUCUAGUGGAAAUAAUAUCUAGCAUUUAUGUAGGUCCAAAUGCUAUCCUAAGUGCUUUAUAUUUAUUAUUUCAUCUUCACAACAACCCCAUCAGAUAGGUACAUGUUUUGUUCUUAUUGUACAGUAGAGGCAACUGAGGUUAAGCAAUGUCAUGGAUUGAAUUAUGUCCCCCCCAAAAUGUGUGUAUCACUUUGGUUAGGCCACGCUUCCCAGUAUUCUGUGGUUGUCCUCCAUUCUGUGAUUGUAAUUUUAUGUUUAAAAGGAUUAGGGUGGGAUUCUAACACCACCCUUACCCAGGUCACAUCUCUGAUCCAAUGUAAAGGGAGUUUCCUUGGGGUGUGGCCUGUACCACCUUUUAUCUCUCAAGAGAUAAAAAGGAAGGGGAAGCAAGCAGAGAGCUGGGGACCUCAUACCACCAAGAAAGCAGCGCUGGGAGCAGAGCGUGUGCUUUGGACCUGGAAUCCCUGUGCAGAGAAACUCCUAGUCUGGGGGAAGAUGGAUGAGAAGGCCAACAGAGAGAAAAAGUCUUCCCCUGGAGCUGACACCCUGAAUUUGGACUUUUCACUUACUUUACUGUGAGAAAAUAAACUUCUCUUUAUUAGAGUCAUCCAUUUGUGGUAUUUCUGUGACGGCAGCACUAGAUGACUAAGACAAGCAACUUGCAGAUCUUGUUACUGGUAAGCAGUAGAGCCCAGAUGCAAACCCAAGGGCACCAUCUCCUAGAGGCCAUACUCUUAACCACUGUGCUUCACUGCUCCCACAGCAGUGGUGGGGUGGUGGUGCUGCUGCUGAAAUGUAUUUAUUCAAAUAUAUUACUUUAACACCUACUGCGUGCUAGGCACUGUUCUAGGACUUUAUGGUACAACCAGAUCUCUGCUUGUGGAAAUUACAUUCUAGCAAGAGAGAGACAAUAAAACUGAUAAAUAAACUAUUUAAAUACUAUAUUGUUGUCAUUAGUUGUGGUCAAGUCCAUUCUGACUCAUGGCGACCCUGUGUGGUGAAUAAGUGCUGUGUUAGUUCCCUAUAGCUGCCAUAACAAAACAUCUCAAAGUGGAUGGUUUUCAAGAACAGAAACUUAUUUUCUCACAGUUUUGGAAGCUAGACAUCCAAAUUCAAGGCAUUAGCUGUGUUGAUUCUUUCUGAGGGCUUUGAGAGAGAAGCUGGUCCAUGGCUCUCUCCUAGUUUCUGGGAGCUACUUGCAAUCUUUGGCGUUCUUUUUGAUUAUGGAUGCAUUGCCUUCAUCAUCAUAUGGUGUCUUCCCCCUGUUUGUCUCUGUUCCUUUUAUAAAAUACCACUCAGAAGGGAUUAGUAUUAGGACCCAUCCUACUCAAGAGUAUAGCUCAUUUUACUUAACUGAUAGCAAAAGAAAAACCCUAUUUCCAAACAAGGUCAUGGAGUUAGGAUUUCAACAUAUCUUUUUAGGGGACACAAUUCAACAAGUCCUGUGGCAAAAAGGAAAUAUUAGAACAUAGUAAGCAGGAUAGAGAGCGUGACCAGGGGUAGGGGAGGGGGGCAGGCUGAGAUUUUAACAAUAACUAGGAGAUGAGGAAGUUAGCAGAUAACCUGGAAAAAGGCCAUUCCAAACAAAGGGAACAGCUGCAUCAAAAGCCCUAAGGUGGGAACAAGUGCAGGACUAGCAGGAAGUCCACUGUGGCUGAUGCAGCGCAAUCCAGAGUAAGGGAGGAGGGGCUUGUGUGCAAAUUUCGUAGGGCUUGGCUGGCCUUAUAAAGACUUUGGUUUUUACUCUGCGAUUUAAUACCAACUCAUAGCAACCCUAUGGGACAGAGUAGAAUUGCCCUGUAGGGUUUCCAAAGAGCGAACCAAAAGGUCAAACUUCAGACCUUUUGGUUAGCAGCCAAGUUCUUAACCACUGUGACACCAGGGCUCCAUGACAUGGGGGAUGAUUGCAGGAUUUUGAGCGGAGGAAGACCUGUUGGAGGCUACUGUAGUAACCGGAGGAUGAAAUGAUAGUGGUGUGGACUCGUGUAGGAGCAAGAAAAGCAACGGGUUUUGCUGAUGGCUUGGAUAUAGAGGUUAAGUGAAAGAGAGGAUCCUCGGUGCCAUCAGCUGAAAUGGGGAAGACUGUGGAAGGAGGUUUUAUUGAUUAAUUGAUUUUGGGGUGGGGGUCAGGGGUUCCAUUUGCACAACCAAAUGAAUGUUGAAAUACACACGUUGGGUACCGAAGUGUACAGUUUAGAGAGGGAUCUGGAAUGAGGAAAUAAAUUUGGGACUUGCCAGUAAAUGGUAUUUUAAGGGUAAUAAUGAAGAUAAUGUUUAAAAAAUCGUAAAAGCCCUAGAUAUCAUUUAUCUUUUAGCAAUUGCCGGGCACUAUGCUUGACCCUUUAGAUUGGUUCAUUUAAUCCCCACAGAAUGAAAAACGAGGACACAGGAGAUAUGUACUAUCAGGGGCGAGAAACGCCCAUGGUCAUCCGCUUUCUUAGGGAAUGCUUUCUGGGAUUCAACAAGCAGCUAAUAAUGCAUUUCACUCUCCACCCCUGGUCAGUGUUAAGCCUUUGCAAGCCCCCAUCCGGGAUGAACGCUGACUCGGCAGACUACCUAUCCCCGACCCUGUCAGCCCUCGCGCACGCGCACAGAGCCCCAUUCGCUUGGGGCGGGACACGGCGGCGCCACCGCGUUGCUCGGAGACGCGAGGAUCAAAAAGGCCGUGACAGUUGACUUUUCGCUGGCCCAGUCAAGGAUCUUGAGUGGAGAACACGAGGACCGCGGCCUGCACCUGAGAGCUCCCAGGAGGGACGCCCCCGGUCUUUCCAGGUCCGCCAAGCGACGAUAACCACCGAGACCUGGACCUCAGGUUUGGGCAAAUGUACCGCUUUAGGGCCAGACCGCCCACCCGUCCCCUACACCUGACCCGGGCCCCGCCCCGGAAACUUAAGCCCCGCCUCUUCCGCCCGGCGCUUCUAGGUUCCGGACUUAUGCCCUGCUUGGUGUUUUGUUUUCACGUUUCGUCUCUCUUUUUUUCAAAGAAAACCCUUUGCGGUGGAGUCUAUUCUGACUGACGGCAACCCUAUAGGACAGAGGGGAACUGCCCCACAGGGUUUCCAAGAUUAAACCUUACGGAACCAGACUAACCACAUCUUUGUCCUGCUGAGCGGCUGGUGGAUUGGAACCGCCAGCCUUCUGGUUAGCAGUGGAGAGUUUAACCAUUGGGCAGCCGGGGCUCCUUACCCUCUUUUCAAGGAGUGCCUUUAUCUGGCCAGUUCUGAGUUUCAGAAUCUCUUUUGCCGUAGUUUCAGGGUGGCCUUCCGCCUCCUUUGACUUUAGGGCCUGUGACUCAGGCCUCUUUUUGGAAUUCAUCUUAUGAGCCAGUGAUUCACUUUUUAGAAUAAUUUUUUCAUCCCCGCCCUGUCUAGACAGAUUUUAUCCCAGAUAGAGUUGGCAAUUUGUGGCAGAAAAAAAGUUUGUGGGACCGGGAAAGGCAUGGCAGUCAGCUGUGGGGUUCGGAGAGUGAAUUUAUGCCGCACGAAUGUAAAUUAGCACAUUCGAACCGUGGAUCAAGAAGCAUGUUUGGGGUUUGCUUUUACUUUCAACUGAACACCCCCGAAAGUCGGGAAGGGGAAUGUGAAGACUAUACAGACUGGGUAAUGCUUCACCCUUUUACAGGUCGGGAGACUGAGGCCCAGAGUUCUUAGUUGACUUGGCCAAGGUUACGUGCUGCUCUGUCUUGCUGCCUUUGGGGAAAAUAAUAAAAUGGGGAAAGACGCGAAUGAUUAGAGAUACUAAUGCUUUUGGAGUUUUUGUACCAGUAAACACUUUCACAUGGUAGAGGAGGUGAAAAGGGCUUUUGCUAGAGAAUGCGGUUUUAUGUAGAAGGGUGUUUGGGGUAGCUAGCUGCCUCAGAGAUGUCUGAUUACUUUAGAACGUUUUUGUGUUUUAUUAAAAUUGUCAGAGAUUUGGGAUUGGUGGGUUUUUAUGUUCAAACCCUAAUGCUGUUUAAUAAAAUUCAGUUUUCACAAGCUAGAAGCACAGGUCUUUCAGAAGAAAAUGGCACUGCCAUUUCCUGUUUCUGCAGAUAAAAAGUAUUUAUUGACUGUGGUGGCAAUUAUUUUUGCCAACACAGUCAAUAAAUAAAACAGCACUAAGUUUCAACGUGUUGAAUGUUCCUAGCCAAAUUAGUAUUUCCACUGAUUUCCCAGAACUGCUGAAAUAAUUAAGAAAUUGUAAAUUGAUCUUUCCUAACUUUAGUUUCAUUUUGUUUUUAAUAAAUUGAAAGAUAUGAGAGACUAUAUAUAUGGAAUUUGCACCACCACUAGGUAGUAUAGUUAUAAUAGCCGUUAAAACCAAACCAAAUCCACUGCUGCCUAGUUGACCCUGACUCAUAGCGACCCCAUGGAGUUUCCAAGGCUGUGUAUCUCUGCAGAAGCAAACUACCCAGUCUUUCUCCAGCAGAGCUGCUGGUGGUUUCGAACCUGCUGACCUUUCGGUUAGCAGUCGAGUGCUUUAACCACUGUGCCACCAGGACUCCUAUAAUAGCCACUAGGGUUCCUACUAUGGUGAAAAUUGUGUUCAUAUUUUUUUUAGCUUUUUGAGAAAACUUUUCUCAAGAAAAAAUAGUUUUGAAAUGUCAGAUAUAUCAAGAAGAUUUUUAUUCUACCAAGAAAGAUGGCGAUUUCCCAGUAGUUUCACUAAAUGCAGCAUAUUUUCUAGUAAAAUGCGGCAUUUUAAUAUGUAGAGUUGAUAUAAUUGACAUGAAAGUGACAAAAGGUUGCAUAAAUGACAUUCAGUAAAAUACUUUUUGAAUGAAUACAAGUAAAUAAAAGUAUUUUAUAAUUGUGAAAAUGGCAUGGGAGCAGCAUUUGACGUCCUCUAACUUCACAAGGGGAAAGGAGAAUCAAGAACAACACCAGGCUGAUUCCUAUGAGGCGGGGAUCAGACAUGCCUCCCCUCUCCGCCAUCUUUACCAAUUUUGACACCAACCAUCCCUCCCAUGGCACUCUCUACUUCUUUCCUGGGUUCGGUAAUUCAUUACAAUGGCCACACAGAACUCACAGACAAUAAUCACAUUUGCGGGGUUUACUAGGGAAGUAACGGGUUAUAUUUCAGGUUCAGGAACACUCAAUACAGUUGUUCUAUCAGGACAGCCUCUUCCCAGCUGUUCCCAGUGGCCCGUCUCUCUGGCCCUAGGCCUCUGUCCCACUCAGGUAAGUGUUACAAAGCUCUUUUAGCUCUGCCGAUAAGUGCCUGGAGGCACCCCACUCCACCAGCAAGCUUCCUGCCCAAAGACACUCAGCUUUCUCACUCCAUAGGCAGGAAGCCCAACACAUCAUCUCCUGCUGGUUUCUCCUGCCACUGUUUCUCUGCCACUGCUUCUUUUACAGCUCGCUCUCUCCCGGCUCUAGGAGCUUCUCAGCGCAGGGCUCCCACAUCAAAGGACAUGUUCUGCUGUUGGCUGGUCUUCUUUGGUGGUGGUGGGAUCCUCUUCUCUCCCACCUCUGGGAUGGCUCAUUUCAAGCCCAGAGGGAUGGCAAAACUGACCAUCCCCCUUGGUGGGCCACAAUUACCUUAUUUGCACAGUCCCACCCAAUCACUUGGGUGGGAGUUGUAAGACCUUGGCGAGAAAGGCCACACAAAAACAGUCCAUCCUACCACAAUUAUGUUUCAGAAAGCCAAGCCUAAAGCAAAAAGGGCUUGGGUGAAACAAAAAUUAAGAUUGUACCACUGCUUUUAGAAAAGGUACUUUAUCCGUAAAAGCAAUUUAAUAAGCCACUUAAUUCAUGUAAAAAGGAUUGAUUUUGAAAGUAUUUUUAAUACUGAAUUAGCACGUCUUUUUUCUUUUAUGUUACUUAGAGUCAUUUUUUUUCCUACACAAAAAUUUCUUCUACAUACAUAUAUUAAGGGAUUAUCAGAAUGUACCACAAAGGAGCCCUGGUGGCACAAUGGUUAAGUGCUCAGCUGACAACCAAAAGGUUGGCAGUUCAAACCCACCAGCAACUCUGAGAGAGAAAAGACCUGGUGAUCUGCUCCAUUAAAGGUUUAGGAAAACCUGUGGUGGCAGUUUUACUUUGUCCUAUAGGGUCACUAUGAGUCAGAAUCGACUGUGUGGCAUACAGUAACAACCACAAGCUCAUAUGUCCGAAUCAUUUAUUUGAUCAUAGCUAGUAUACUGUAGCAGUGAAGCAGCUAACCUCCCAUUAAAAUGAAUGAAAAUAAAAGACAAGUGUUUUGCUGAAACAUAGCUUAUUUAUUAUUUUGUCAGGCAUUCCAAAUUUUACAUAAAGUCAUAUAAUACCAAUUAAUUGCCUUAAACUUGCAAUAUUUAAUAAAUAAGAAUCAAAAGUUUUUUGAAAGUUAAAUAUUAACAAUGUCCUUAAUUAUAUUAGUUCUGGACAAUAUAAAUGUUGGUAUCCACAUUGGAAAAAUGAAAACAACAAUAUUUUUUUUUUAAUGAUGUAUUCACUUAAGUAGUUACACUUUCAUCAGGAUAAGAACCGUGUGACUCAAACGACUUCAUUUACAUCUGGGACUAAAUCCAAACAACUGUGGAAAUUAUGGUUUCAGGAUAGAAUGUACAUGUCAUAGUCUUUAGAAUGUUAAACAAUGUGACAAAAUUCUAGAGGAGGUGGGAAGGGAGCAUAAGUCCAGCUUCCUUAUUUUUCAUAGAAAAAGGUCUGUCAGUUCCUUUCGUGUUUGAAACACUCUCAGCCUCCUAAAGUUCUUCAUUAUCUUUUUCUUAUUAUCAGUGAGGGAACUUUUAGGCUACACCUAUCAUACUGGAGAAACAUUUGUCUGAAGUUCAAUUCUAUCAGUUUCACUUCCAUUUUCUUUGGUUUUUCCCCUGUCAAAUCCAGGUAGAGCUAAAUUUAUUAUACUUUUAAGGCAUUUAUUGUAAAACACCUUUUAAGUCUAUCCUUCUAACUCGUAUGUGGGGUGUUCGCCUGAUGUUAGGGAUGGAUAUUUCUAAUUGAUGUGAUGGUUAUUUUGCUUUCUUUUCUCUAUGAGGUUUGACUUUAUUUCAGCCAAUACAAAUAUAUUUUAAUGGAAAAAUGAAUUCAGAGAAUUGUGAUGAAAAUUCUGGAUACUUUAUUUUAGUGAAACGACUGAGAUAUUUUUGGUAAUAAAAUAAGAAGUAGCUGAGAAAACAUAUGCAAGGUUAUUCUUAGAAAAACUGGCUAUAGAAGUUUGGUGAAUAGACAAUUACAUGAACUGGCGUUGAGUAUUUAAAUUUUAAAGACCAUUAGUGACCCCAGCAGUGUUUUCUGGACCCUGGUGGCGUAGUGGUUAAGAGCUCAGCUGCUAACCAAAAGGUCGGCAGUUCAAAUCCACAGCUGCUCCUUGGAAACCCUAUGGAACAGUUCUACUCUGUCCUAUAGAGUCGCUGUGAGCUGGAACCGACUCCAGGGCACCUAACAACAACAACACAGUGUUUUCAAAUCAAUGAUGUCAGCAUCGUAACAGCCAUAUAGCUUUCAUGGAAUUGUGUUAGUCUGUCUUCUCUUACUGGUCUGUCCUAGGAUCGGGUGCUACAGUGACCUGAGUAAAUGGAUUGCAGUGAUUUGUAUGUCUCCAAGCAAUUAAGAAAUGGAAAAAGAAGAAAUCAUUGUGUCCCAGCAACAGGAAAGGGAAGAGAGUGAGAAGACUGAUCUUACAUUUCCUAAGAAAAAGGAGAUGCAGUUUUGAAUAUAAUCAAAUGGAAUGGUGAAAUAGCUGGUAAUAAGAACUCUGUAGCCAUGGCUAGUUCUGAUGUGAAACCAAAAUCAAUAAGUCGUGCCAAAAAGUGGUCAGAAGAGAUAGAAAAUCUGUACCGAUUUCAACAAGCAGGAUAUCGGGAUGAAAUUGAAUAUAAACAAGUGAAACAAGUUUCUAUGGUAGAUCGUUGGCCAGAGACAGGAUAUGUGAAGAAACUACAGAGAAGGGACAAUACGUUCUAUUACUACAACAAACAGAGGGAAUGUGAAGACAAGGAAGUCCACAAAGUGAAAAUUUAUGCUUAUUAGCCUCUCUUCCUUGUAUUACUAGUCAAUUGUACUUUAAAAAUUCAUUUCACUCUACAUCGUGUAAAUGCCACUUUACAAAAUAACAUGUAGUCUUCAGUUUAAUGUUUUGAAACACAACAGCCAUGAAACUUGCUAUCUAUUAAUCACCUUGUCCUGUUCUAAAAUACAGCUGCAGAAGCAUUGAAGUUGUACCCUUCUUGAACCUGCUCUUCCUGGCCAUUUCAACUGUGGUAGAAUAACCAUUAUGCAUGAAAACAGUAGCCCCAUGUGAAACCCAAAAUAGACCAGCUAGUUAUGUAUUCUUUUCUAACAGAUGCUGAUGGUGCCCCUGCCCCAAAUCCUUUAUCUUUAUCACUUCACAAGAGCAUGACUUUGAACUUCCAUGUCUGCAUUCUGUGGCCUGAGGGCUUUCUCUUGCCCCUGGAGUCCUUUGCCUCUUGUCAGCAGACUGGAAAUAUCAAGGAAUAAUGCCCCUCUGGAAGCAAUCCUCAACCAAUGAUGAUGGGGAGUAGAUAUGUAAUAAAUACCCCAGUAACCUCACAUCUCCAGUGGAAUAAAUCUGAAGUGUGUGUUUUAUACUGAUUCCCAGAGUUUCACCAGUAGGAUUAGCUUUAGUCAUCACCGUAAUAUCCGCCUUGAUAACUUACUCUAUUGAUUGCCUCCCUUUUGUCUCUAUCACUUCCCCCACUACAGUUACCAGUGGCUCUUUAACCAAUACCAGUUGCCCUUGUGUCAGUUCUGACUCAUGGUAACCCCAUGUGUGUCAGAGUAAAACUGUGCUCCAGGAGGUUUUCAAUGGCUGUUUUUUUUUUGAAGUACAUUGCCAGGCCUUUCUUCCGAGGCACCUCUGGGGAGACUCAAGCAGCCAACCUUUUGGUUUGCAACCAAGCAUGUUAACCUUUUGUGCCAACCAGGGACUCCAGUUGUUCUUUACUUACCAAGUAAUCUAUUCACACUUGAAUCCUUGUCCUAGGGUCUACUUCUGAGUUCCCCAAACUAAGAUGACUCCUUAUGUCCCACUGCUGCCUGGAUUCACUGCAAAAACAGCCUAAGUGUUAAUGAGCAAGGAAGCAAAAUUAUUAAGGUUCAGAGAGUCCUUCUUUCAAGAUUAGUGAGUCUUGACUAUUUUAAGAUUAAACAGAUGACAGAUAUCCUUUUUAUUUUAACUAUUUUUUUUUUCCCAAUAAGACUAUUUGUUACCACUUAAAAUUCUGAUCUUUAAAUAAACUCUUGGACUGGCCAGGUGGAGAGGGAGUCAUAUCUAUCAGCUCUUUCAACUUUAGCUCCUGUUUUCCAGAGCUACGAUUUUCACCAAGAAGCUCCAUUAGUUUUCUUAGUUCAAACUUGUGCUUCUUCAGCAUUUUGACUUUUCUAACAAACACAUCAUGGAGAGGAUAGAAAUGUUGCCGAGUAGGAACCCCAGGUUUUGCUUGGCACGACUCUUCACAGCCAAUAAACAAGAGGCCAAGGUGGGAGAUCAGAAAGGCACCUUUAUUUUAUCAUGCAACGGAAUGAACGGUCGAACGGUCGGGGCCGCUGCCUCCAAGACUGCUCGCAGGCAACUUGGGGAGGUGGGCUUUUACAGAGAACAGAGAAGGAAAUGUAAAUUUAUCAUGAAUAUUUAGGACUGACCUUUGUGCACGCAUCCAGAGCUUGGGGAUGACUAUGCAUUUUCUUUAGACAAGGAUUUGAUGCCCUGGAAUGGAGGAAAAGGCUGACUUUCCUUCAUUAGUAUGUUAAGUCUCCACCCAGAGGCAGGGUGCUUAUAUGUGUUUUGUACUUUAUGAGCUAAUAGGUUAAAGUGCUAAGAUGGUGUUGAAAGCCCGCUAAAGCCAGUUGAGGCCUGUUCUGUGGUUGUCUUGUCAAGGACAAUUUCGGAAGAAUGUGCGGCCUGUUUUGCACAGUAUAGGGUGCUUAUAUGUGUUUUGUACUUUAUGAGCUAAUAGCUCAAAGUGCUAAGAUGGUGUUGAAAGCCCGCUAAAGCCAGUUGAGGCCUGUUCUGUGGCUGUCUUGUCAAGGACAAUUUCGGAAGAAUGUGCGGCCUGUUUUGCACAGUAUAGGGUUUUUAUAUGUGUUUUGUACUUUAUGAGCUAAUAGGUCAAAGUGCUAAGAUGGUGUUGAAAACCUGCUAAAACCAGUUGAGGCCUGUUCUGUGGUUGUCUUGUCAAGGACAAUUUCGGAAGAAUAUGCGGCCUGUUUUGCACAGUGGAGGAGGAUAAACCAGAGCAGGUGUCUCCUAGAAGGGCUGAGCUCAGUCUGCCUGUCUCAAAUAGACUGGUGAGCUUCUUCAAUGCUUUUCCCAAUGUUGCCUAGAAUCACCUAUUGACUACUUCUUUCAAAUCGCUUACCUGCUUCUCUCUGGUUAUGGUUUCUACCAUCUUCUUCCAGCUUUGGGAGACCUGCAGAUGCUGAUCAUGAGAAGUCUUCUGAAUGACGGUGCCUUUUUUUUUUUUCUGUGAAACCCACUGUUAUAGGUAGAAUUAUGCCUCCCCCCACAAAGAUGUCCAUGUCGUAAUUACCAGACCUGUGAAUAUGUUACUUUACACAACAAAGUGGAUUUUGUAAAUGUAAUUAAGGGUUUUGAGAUGGGGAAAUUAUCCUGGAUUAUCCCGGUUGACCCAAUGUAAUCACAAGGGUGCUUAUUAAGAGGGAGGCAGGCAAAUUAUAAAGAAGCCUAUAAAAUAAUAACACCUGUAAGGAAAGUGCCCAUUAGAACAAUCAUCUGUAUGAGCCCAAAAGGGCACAGCUGCCCCAAAGCAAAGGUGAGAAGGCAAUAAGGGGCAGGAAAACCAGACAAAUGGAAAUGGGGAUUCAGGGUGGUAAUGGGGAGAGUACUGACACAUUGUGGGGAUUGCAACCAAUGUCACAGAGGGAUCUGUGUAUAAACUAUUGAAUGGGAAACGAAUUUGCUCUGUAAACCUUCACCAAAAGCACAGUUAAAAAAAUGGGGAACACCAAAGACACAAGGUAAUUAGGAACUCAAGAGACAGAAAGGGCCACAUAAACCAGACACUAAAUCAGCCUGAGACCAGAACUAGAUGGUGCCUGACUACAACCGAUGACUGCCCUGACAGGGAAUACAACAGAACCCCUGAGGGAGCAGGAGAGCAGUGGGAUGCAGACCCCAAAUUCUCAUAAAAAAGACCAGACUUAAUGGUCUGACUGAGAUUAGAAGGACCCCAGUGGUCAUGGUCCCCAGACCUUCUGUUAGCCCAGGACAGGAACCAUUCCCAAAGCCAACUCUUCAGAUAGGGAUUGGACUGGACAAUGGGAUAGAAAAUGAUAACUGGUGAAGAAUGAGCUGCUUGGAUCAAGUAGACACAGGAGACUAUGUUGCAACUCCUAUCUGGAAGAGAGAUGAGAGGGCAGAGGGGGUCAGAAGCUGGUGGAAUGGACAUGAAAAGAGAGUGGAGGGAAGGAGUGUGCUGUCUCACUAGGGGGAGAGCAAUUAGGAGUAUAUAGCAAGGUGUGUAUAAAUUUUUGUAUGAGAGACUGACUUGAUUUGUAAACUUUCACUUAAAGCACAAUCAAAAUUAAAACAAAACAAACAAAAAUGGGGUAGGGGGAAGCAGGCAAGUCAGAUUUAGAGAAGGAGAUGUAACAAUGGAAGCAGAGAUCUAAGUGAUGGCAGGAAGGGGCCAUGAGCCAAAGAAUGUAGGAAACCUCUAGAAGCUGGAAAAAGCAAAGAAACGGAUUUUCCCCUAGAGUCUCCAGAAGGACUGCAGCCCUGCUGACACCUAGAUUUUAGCCAGUUAAGACCCAUCUCAGCCUUCUGGCCUCCAGAACUGUAAGAGUAUAUAUUUGUGUUGUUUUAAACCACUAAGCUUGUGGUAAUUUGUUACAGCAACAAUAGGAAAUAUACACCUACACCAAAAAACAAACCAAACCUACUGCCAUCGAGUCGAUUCCAACUCAUAGCGACCCUAUAGGACAGAGUAGAACUGCCCUGUAGAGUUUCCAAGGAGCACCUGGCAGAUUCAAACUACUGACCUUUUGGUUAGCAGCUGUAGCACUUAACCACUAUGCCACCAGGGUUUCCAUACACCUACACAGAACAGAUGAAACAAAUAAUCAUCGAUAGUCUUGAAGCCAACAAAAGCUUCGAUGAUGGUCAGCCAACUUUUGAUUAUGGAGCACAUUUUGUCAUAGAUAAGAUCCAUUCAAAGAAGUUAGUCAAGCAGUUUUUUCCAUGGACAUUCUCAGCAAUUAAGCUUGAAUAUUCUAAAUGCCACGUCAAUUUUCUGCAGCAAGACUCAUGGCCUAGCGAGAGAAUUUUGAUACAAUUUUGGUUGCUUGAGUCCUUGUGACUAGUGUUUUCCCAAUAUUUUUUAUAUUGAACAUAGCUGGUGCUUUCAGGUCAUACCAAUUUUUCUUAGAAAAUUGAUCAGCCACUUUCUUCUUGGUUCCUUCUUUUGCCUGCAUUGAGUGCUCGUU